ACCGUUGUGGCUUGAGGAAAACCACAGAGAAAGGGACCACGCAUCGCAUAAACGAAAGUAAACUCAAAGCUGGUUAAAAUUUUGCGGUUCUUCCUAUGUGGGCAGCUUGCGAUGACACCUAGACCGCCAGCCGUCCUUGUCUCCACUCAUCCCGUACCCAGUCCCUCAGAGAGAGUCUAGUGGCGAUUGACAAAAAAUGUCGUAAGAACGACGGCUGAACAUAACGUGCGGAAAUUACGAAUUUUCUUGACCAAAUUAAUUCGCAAGUAGGUCAUGUGUGGUGGUAGAUUGACAACUUGACGAUUAAGCGAUUUUUUUGCUCCAAAAUGAGCUUUUUCCUAUUGAAAAUGAGCGAUGGAAGUUCGACUAAUUGCCCCAGCAACUGCAACGACCAUGGCUUGUGUGUUAGGGGAUCUUGCAUCUGUGAGCUCAAAUAUAGCGGUGGAGCAUGUGAUGAUGCAAACAUAGGAUACUUCAUUGGUUUUAGUGUGGUUUUCUUCUUUGUUUCUGCAGUGUCUGCAACUCAACUGUUCCUUUGUGUUAGAUCAGAAUUUAAAAAGCUGAAGAGACCAAGUGUAGCCAAAGCCUGCCGGCUGACAGUGCAAAAGACAUUGUACAUUUGUAUGAUUAUAGCUUGUGGAUCAAGGGGAGUGUAUUACUCAGUUCAGAGGUACCUUCCUGCCUGGUUAGGAAUCAAUCUAUUUAAUGCGUACUAUCCACCUAUUAUUUCUGGAUUCUCUCUAAUUAUUUGCUUUUGGGCAGAGACAUUUCAUGUGGUUGGUCUGCGGCUUGACAAGCCACGUUUCCUCAGCAAAUCUUCACUAGCUUUUAUUGUAUUCAAUGUAUUUUUGUUCCUGGUCUUUUUGGCACAGUUCAUAACAAUAGAGAUCACAGAUGAACAAAGAAAGGUCUAUUUAUCCAAUAUUUUUACUGGCAUUUUUGUUGUCCUGAUGUUCUUGAUGCUUACAUUAUUUCUCAUAUAUGGUGUUGAAUUGUAUUACAAGGUGCGGGGUGCUUUUAUAACUACAGAGCCAUCAAAUGUUGACAUCACCCAAGCUACAAUGUCAAGAUUUGGUCUAUUUUCACAAGCAUCCCUACAGCUGCUCACAUCUCUUUUCCUCCUUGGUGAUAUUAUGGGGGCAAAAUGGAAACACAAACUGCCUAUGGAGGGAAGGAAUGCUUUAGAGGUUGUCUUUAGAGUAUUUGAGCUGGGCGUAGCACUCUGGUUUUCUUGCUGUCUUUGGAAUUGGAAAAGUCCCAGUCAGCUCUGGAUAUUAAACCCUAAGCGACUGCUUGUACAUGAGACGGAUGAGGAAACCUCUCAUUUAUUGGGUCAAUCCCAUCAUUGUCAUUCAUACGAAGCCAUUGAAACAGAUGCAGAUAUUGACGCACCUCACCGUGACUGCUGGAUUUGUUAUGACAGUGAUCGCACUGAUGCUGGCCCAAUGAUAUUACCAUGUAACUGCAAAGGAGAUGUCGCUGCCGUACACCACGACUGCCUGAAGAGAUGGCUUCUUGAGUCUUGCCCUGAGAGCCGUUUGGAUGGGCCCAAAUGCAAAGUGUGCAGAGAAGAGUACAAAUUGGAAACAGGAAGAAAGUGGUUACCGAGUGGUCUUACUGUCAGGCAUUGGAUUCAGACAACGCUGAUUCUGUCCAUGAUGAUUGGAACUCCAAUUAGUGUUUACUUUCUUUGUUUAACCAAAAUGUCUGAGACUUGUAAGGUUGUGGUCAUAGGACUGGGCGUGGUACUCGAGUACGUCUGUCUCAGGCUUUUGGGUUUCAACAUGUUGCUUGUUUAUCGCCGAGCCCGUCUCGCCACUAUGAGUAUCAUUGGUGACCCUGUGACGGGUUCUCAGCUGCCUGGGGAGAUCCACACAACUCCAGAGGCUGUAGACAUUACUACAGCUUAAUUUCAAAUAAUUUUGAAACAGAGCGCUUAUUGAUUAACUGUUUUAAAGUCAAACAAACGUGAUCGCAACCUGCAAUCAGAAAGUAGAGGUAAAUGUUGCAAGAAGCGAGUAGGAAGUCGAAAAAAGCACAUUUGGGAGAGAAGUCUUGAAACCAAACACGGUUCGUAGUAAAGCAGAUAUACGAAUUUAAACCUGGAGUUUUCACGACACGGGUGAAAUGCCCCUCACGAAAAGCUUUGAUGAGUGUUAGUGUGACCUCAAAAUAGAUGAGUCUCCUAGAUGAUCAUAAACUCUCAAAAGAAGCAAUUCGAUUAUUUUAUUGAAAAUGAAAUCAACUCAUCAUCUUGGAGGAGGAAAAAGUGUACAAGUUGUGUUGCAAAACUUUGACCACAGAUAACGCAAAUUUGGAGUAUGAAGAUUGUAUGAGAACCCAUUUCAAGGUAAAGGUGAGAUUUCCCUGAGUCCAAAUAUUUGCCGGAUCUCUGCCAGAUUCGCUAAAUCAGGAAAAUAACGCUAUUGUCAGAAAUCGUUCUCGCAUAGGAUACGUCUCUAAGAUUUGUGGAAUACGAAGAGUCUCGAAUUCUCACACACAGAGGAUAAUUUAACGACUUGGUCGUUGCUGUCGGUAUUUGUUGACCAAACUAUGGCUUUUUUCAUUCUGGAAGUAAAAUUGAUUUCAUCUUGUAAAUAUGCUGUGAAGUCGUAGACGCGGAAGAGUCAAUUUGUAAAGUAACGUUCAAAGUAACAUUCUGCAACUUUUAUGCGCACACUGGAGAUUGACCUCAUCUUUACAAUUAAUCAUCGAUUGACGUCACUCCCUUUUAGUAUCUAUUAAGUGUGUACUUCAUAGUAGGAGUCGUCCUAAGGUUUAAAACCCAUUUGUAUCGGUACUGAAUCGAGAACUUAUUCUUCGAAGCUGAAGUAUUGAGUAUUGAAUUGACCGACAUUUUGGUAAAAAAUUACCUUAUUAGAUGGGUGAAAAGUUGACUGCGUUGCAGCGGCCUUCUUGUGGAUUCUCUUGCGUUUUAAAAGUGUUUGAUAUGCAAGCAAACCGUCGAAAUAUGAUGUUAUCAAAAUUGAACUAAUCAAUUUUAAAUCGUUUUCAGUAGUUUGUAAAUCAUUGAAGUUCCAAUAAAAUAAAUUUCACUCUG